AUGACUUCAUUUUAUGAAACAGCAACUAGUGGUAUGAAUUUUGAUAGAUUUGUUGAAGAUUUUUCAAAUGAUUCUGCUAUUUCAAAAUUUCAACAACAUUAUUGGACUGCUAAACAAUUAAUAUAUACAAGAUUAGGUAAAAAGGAAGAUGAACAUAUUACAGCAGCUGACAUGGAAUUUGAUGUAAAAUUAAAUUUAUUUAAUUCAAUAAGAGAAACAACAAAAUGUCUUCAUUAUAGUAUGGAUACUCUUCAUAGAAGUUAUGUAAAUUUAAAUGAUAAUAUAAGAUAUAUUAAUUAUUUAUUAAAAAAUAAUAUUAAAUAUGAAAAAGAACGUCUUAGAAUGGUAUUUGAAAAAUUUACACAUUCUUUUGAUAUCAUUAGUAUAUUAAAUAGAAAAUUAAUAUGUAAAACAUGUAAAAUAUAUACAGAUGUUAAAACAUUUAAUGAACGAGCUGUAGGUGAUUGUUUACAAACAAUUGAAAUGGCUGAUAAAUCUAGAAUUGAGUAUCGUGGAAGUUUAUUAUGGAUGAAAAAUAUUAGUGAAGAAUUGGAUCCUGAUGCUAAUAAUCAAAUGAAUAAAUUUAGAACAGCUCAACAAGUUGUUAAAAGAUGUAAAAGUAAAUUAGAUAAAUUAAAAGAAGACACUGAACAAAAAGUUGAAUUAUUAGAUGUUAGUAGAAAUCAUCUGUUAAGUUUAUUGUUAGUUGAAUAUAGAGAUGGGUUUCAAGAAUUUUAUUCUAAUGGUAUUAAUGAAUUAAAUAAUUUAUUACAACAACUUGAGGGUAUAGAUAAUUAUGAAAUUGAUAUUUUAAAAAUUUUAAAUGAUCCUGUUGGAAAAGUUUUAGAAGAACAAGCAGAAGCUGAAAAAAAUAAUAUAAAUGAGGAUAAUGAAGAAAAAGAUAAAACAAUUAAUAAUAAUGAAGAAAUUAAAAUAGAUGAUAAAAAUGAAUUAAUAAAUAUGAAUGAUGAAGAAGAAUGUGAUGAUUUAAUUAGAAUUGAAAGUCCAUUAGGUAUAUUAAAUGAAGAAUCAGAAAUAAUAGUAGAUGAUGGAUGGAAAAGUAUACCUUUAAAAGUUGGUCCAUUAGAUAAAUUAAUUGAUAUUAGUGAUAAUAAUAUUGAAAUACCAAAAUUAUCUCCACCUCCAAAAUAUGGUGAAGAUUGUAAUAAACAUUUAUCAUGGAUAAAAAAAGUUAAAACUAAAGCAGGUAAUAUUUUAGAUUCUAUUCCAACAACAACAUCAAAUUUGUUGAGUGAUAUUGAUACAACACCAACAUCUAAAUAUUGUCCUUCAUUAGUUAUGGAUAAGCAUGAAACAUUAUCUAACAUAAAAUGUGAUAAAAAAGAUAGUAAUGUCAAUUCAAAAUGGGAUGAUAUAUUAAAACAAUUGGAUAUUUUUUCAGAUUCAGUAAAACCUUCAUCAUCUACAAAAAGAGAAAUAUCUGAAAUGGAGGAUGAUUUAAUUAAUUUGUUAUAA